AUGAAGGCUUUUUUGGAAUUAGUACGUGACCGUUUCACCAAGGUCGAUUUAAUGCAUUUAGUUGAUAUUGAUGAUGAAAAUCUCCAAUUACUGAUAUUCCAGAAUGGGCCAAGCAGGGAUGAAUUUAUAAAGGUUUUGGUGUAUAAAUUGUUGUUGGAUGCUGAUCCUGAGUCUGAAUACUCAAAUACAUAUGAUUUAGAAUAUAUACUUGUGUCAUUUGGUUUGUUGGAUAAAAUAGCUGCACAAAAUUUUUUAAAAGGUAAUAUGUCAACAAAGGUACAUACAGCUACAUGGAAAAAAAUUAUUAAAUCUUUGAUACCAACUACAACAAUUGCGAUUCAAUAUCCCAGUUAUGAUGAACUAAUGAAUGACUUUUAUGAAAAGAGUAAUUAUUUUCGAUCUGCUGAAAAGAAAAAUUAUCUUCCUCCAGAACUUAUAUCAAAGUUAAAAGUUGAAACGGAAUUAAACGAAAACAGUGAAAGUAUUGAUGACAUUUCAGACCAGUUAAUCAAGAUCAUAAAUAAACCAAUAUUACCUAAUGAAAAUAAUGAUUUUAAAAGAUCCUCAGAUUGUGAGGAACAACCACCAGAUACAAGCUCAGAAUUUAUGGACUUGAUAUCAAUUAAAAAAGAAGUUGAUCAAUGUAUUAAGAUUUCAAAUAACAAAAACAUAACUCCAUUAAAUAAUGAGGGCGCAAUCAAAAUUUCUACACAAGAGUUUCUUGAACUAAUAGAUAAACAAAAUUUAAUUCAUUCUGAUAAUUUAGGAUCAAAAAUAGAAUACAUCUAUAAGCUUAUGAAAGCUGAACAAGAUUUACACAUUUUAGCAGAUUCACUAAUAGUACAGUCUACGUUGGAUAGCAAAGAAUGUGAAAGAAAAACAUCAUAA